AUGGCUUCUGUGGCACCCACAUCGACUGACAUAAAACAAUGGCAAAAUUUGUGGGUGGUAAAAAUUCUGCAAUUUCUUUCGACGACCAUUGGACUAUCAGUCCCAAACUUAUUUCAGUACGAGGGUUUGUCUGUUCUAUAUGCAGGAUAUAGUCUAUUGCUAUGCCUACUACACUUGGCAACUCAGGUUUACUCUUUUGUUAUCAAAUAUAGGUUUUAUUCAAUCAUUUCGCUCACUGUGACAGUGCUCGAUGUUUGUGUUGGAUUUAUUACUCUAGCGGCUAACAUUUCCUGUAUAACUUGCGCUAUAUUUCUCAAGAGACGAAAGAUGGUAAAAUUAACAGGCACACUAAAAAUUGUAGAAGAACAGUUACAGAAAAAGUUUCAUACUUUUGCGGAGUAUCAUGACACCAGUCUUCUAUUGCAAUUCAUCGCUUUCAUAACAUUAGUCUUUAUUUUAACUACUUACUACUGCACGUCACUUACCCGCCUAGCCGUUUUGAAUGGUUUGGAAAUUUCAUUAAUGAUAGCAAAUAAUUUACAAACCGUACCAAUAGCAAUACUCAUAAUGCAAGUUCACUUUUGCUCUACAAACGUCAAAUGUUUGUUCCAACUGCUACACAAGAAUAUGCAGGAUACCUUACAACCUACCAAGAACCCAACAAAUGAUGUCAGCCUCAUUGAUCAUUCAAUUCCUGACGCAGUAUACUUCUUGAAAAAGUACGACGUAUUAUGCGACUCCAUAGAUAUGAUGAGUGAAGCAUUUGGACCUCAAAUUUUUUUCAUAGUGUGGGCUAUAACAGUCAAUAUACUCAUUGGGUUAAAUGGCAUAUUGAAAGCUUCAAUGAUGGAACCACAGCAGUUGCUGAUGGAUAUGAAUUUCGUGGUGCUCAUAACCGGUUUCAUCAUAAUAAAGUACUUAGUAAGUAUAAGUAAUUUCUAG